AUGUCGAGGGAUCCUCAGACUGAUCCCGGCGAACUCCCUGCCGAGGGAUCGUUCUUAGCAGAGGCGCAGGCCGUGCAUCCCUUGCGUGACGGGUCGUGGGCUGACGACCUCCCCGUGACCUUUGAACGCUACUGGCGUUCAUUCGACAACCCGGACCUGCUUCCGCCCGAGGGCGCUCCGAGCGUCCCCUCGCCAGUGUCAUCCGAGGCCUUUCACGACCUCGUUCGUCAAGUCCGAGCUUUGACGGAUAUGGUGCAAACCGUCAUCCCGCUCGUCUCCCAACUGACACCCCCACUUACGACUCGACCGCUACGGCAACAAGAGCCGCCCUCUCGGACCCACAUGACGCCUCUGGAGCCUUCCACUUCUCCUCGGGUCAGACCAACCCCACUCGGGGAUCCAGUAAGGACAAACCCGGGCGAUCGCCCGGAGCCCGAGGUAUUAUCUCUAGAGUCAACGGACUCCCUGCGAGCCCAGCUAUGCUUUCUGAGUCAGCGGCUCGACGAACUAGAGAAGGAGUUUCGCAACUCAGAGGGAGAGCUCGGGAUGGACACAUACCGAGGAUCUCCGUUCGCAUCGGAGAUACGAGAUCAUGUCGUUCCCCCGAACUUCCAGCUCCCUUCUUUGGAUGCAUACGACGGCGCCACUGACCCAGCGGACCAUGUCGCCACUUUCCGUGCCCAACUAGCGCUGUAUGGAACAUCUGACGCUUUAAUGUGCAGGGCAUUUCCCACGACCCUAAGGGGGCCAGCCCUCACGUGGUAUGGCGACCUGAAGACCGGAGCGAUCACUUCCUUCGGCCAACACGCCAAGGACUUCGAGCUCCACUUCGCAGCCCAUGCCCGGCCGAAGCCCUCCGCGGUGCUGCUCCUCGGAUUCAAACAAGGAGAGGACGAGCCCCUCUCACAUUUCGUGGAUCGCUUUGCCACGCAAAUCCGGAGCUUACCGGACACUCACCCCUCUCUGUUAGUGCAGGCGUUCAUGGUAGGCUUGCGACCUUCUAGAUUCUACUGGUCCCUCGUAGAGCGACCCCCCACCACAGUACCAGAUAUGCUCCAGCGAGCCAACCGGUACGUCACGGCGGAAGCUUGGGUGACCGCAAGGAAGAGAAGCGACUCUGGGCAACGGGCCCCGUAG